UCCCUUCGAAGGCGGAGCUUAAGCGAUGCGCGACGAAAUCUACGCAAACCGUUGCCGCCAAGAGAGUGUUUUAGAUGUGGCUGUAUUGUAUAAGCUGUGCAGUUUUUUCUGUCUUCUGUCCUGUCUAGUCUCACGUGUCACGUGUCAUUAAUGUCAAAUUAAUGUGUGGUGCGGUGUGUUGUGUGGUGUGUCAAUCUGCUUCAUUUUUCAUUUUUGUUAAAUAAAAAGUGUUUAGAUAUGAUUUUUGAUAAAAUAGCAGUAAUAAAUAAAAAAAACUUGUAGUGUUAUAUUAUCAAAAAUUACAAUACUCCUAUCUGUAAAAGAUUUGUGUUAAAUUAAAAUCUACCCUAUCUAAAUAUUGAUUGGUAUGAAAUUAACUGGGGACAAUAUUUAAUGUCAGUUGCUCUAGGAUCAUGGGAGCAAAUAGUAGUAAAAAGUUGGCAGCUAAGUGUUCUUUUUUGUCUAAAGAUGAACAGUUGAUUGUCAGCAAUUCAUUCAAACUUGCCAGCAAGAAUUCUGAGAAAAUCAAAGAAGAGGAACUCACUAAAAUAUGGGGGUCCCAAAUGGACGCAAGAUUGCUCCAGUACCUAAAUAAUUAUUUAUUUGGAAUUGGAGAACAGAAACAAAGCACUGUUGAUUUGGAACGAUUUGCAGAAUUAUUUGUAUUUUGUACUAGAGGAACUGUAGAUGAAAAAGUUAAAGUUUUGCUAACUUCAUUAGGAAAGAGUGAACAUGAUUCGAAUGAGAUACCAUAUUUAUUGGUAAAAGAGUAUGUGGAGAGUAUAGUAGCCUCUUACAUGAAAAUUCAGAAACUUAGCAACAACAAGCAGUACAAAACAUGGUUUUCACGUGGCUGUUUCAUAUUACCUCAAAAUAUUCAACGCUUAGCAGAAAGUCUUAGUUAUGAAUUAGCAACUGGAGAAAAUUUAGAUAAAAAAUCCCUGGAAGUAUGGUUGCAAGGAUCAACAUUAUUAGGACAGCUUUUAUUAUUUGUUUCUAUGUAUUUAUUUAGCAUUAGCCAUAAGGAGAAAGGAGGAAUUUCUAGUAAUGAAAAAUCAGCUCCUGAAGAACAAGUCAGUUCUAUAAGUGAAAAAGAAAGGGACAGAAGCUUGAUACCUUUUUGUCGAGGUUUAGAUUUGAUGCCUUCUUAUCCAAGUAUCUUAGAUCUUAAUCAAAUAGUUUUUAUAAAUGCUCACCUUCCGCAACAAUAUCAACUAGAAUGGAGGUUUUUAUUUAGUUCUGAAAUACAUGGAGAAUCAUUUUCAACAUUAAUAGGUAGGAUAGUUAACCAAGGACCAUCAAUUCUCAUAGUUGAAGAGAAAAACGGUUACACAUUUGGUGGAUUUGCACCGGGGAAUUGGGAAUUAAACCCGAAAUUUUUUGGUGAUGAUAGUAGUUUUUUAUUUACACUUGCGCCAAGAAUGAGAGUAUUUUCAUCUACAGGAUAUAAUCAAAAUUUUCAAUACCUCAAUUUGCAUCAACAGACUCUUCCAAAUGGAAUGGCGAUGGGAGGCCAACAUGGCUACUGGGGCUUGUGGAUAGACAGCGAAUAUGGAAAAGGACAGAGCAGUCAAUCCUGUACAACAUACAUGGGCUAUCAGCAACUUUCUUCUGCCAAAGAAUUCACAUUUAGACAUUUGGAGGUGUGGGGUCUCGGUCAGCCACCUCUCACCCCUCAAGAAAAGGGUGAACGAGUACAGGGUGGACCUGGCAUGAGCAUUCUUGAUGGCAACGCAGAUCAUAAAGCUAUGUUAGAGAUGACUGGUAAAACAUUGCAUAGUGAAGGAUUAAGAGAACCUGUAGAAGAAGAUUAGAUUUCAUAUUUUAAAUUAUAUUUAUGUAAAAUAACUACUUAAAUACAUCAUAUGGUAAAGUACAAAGUUCAGGAGCUACUCAUUAACUUUGACUGUUACAUAUUUUCAAUAAAAUAUUGAAUUGCACUCAUUAUAGUAUAAAAAAAUCAAUGUUAUUGAUUAGAAUGAGCUUCAUUCAUUAACUGAAAUUGUUUAAACAUCAAUAAAUUGCACUAUAAAGUUAAUCAUUUAAACUUGAACCAUCUUUUUUAUGGGCAUUUAAAAUAAUGUGAAUAAAACAUAAAGCCCAUGGUGCCAUGCAAUACUUAUUGUUUAUUUAGGUUUCAUUACUAAUCUUGUUUUGAAAUGAUUGAAGCUUGAGAAAGUUUUUUGAAAUCUUAUAUACAUUUGAAAAUCUAAAAAAUCAAAUUAAAAAUACUCCAAAAUAACAUUUUACAAUUAAACCUAGCUAUUAAAAUGGUUUUAAAAUGUAUGUAUUUAUAUUAAAUAUAUAACCAUAGUAAUAGUUGAAUACGGAAAUAAUAGACAGUAAUUUAAUGGGUGAAGAAUGCUGUCAUAUGUCAUUGCGCCAAAGUUUUUUCACAAAAUUU